AUGGCCGAUAAAAGCGUGAAGAAACGUCCGCAUUCUGAUGUUAAAGACGACUCUUUUUCAUCUCUCCCUGAUGAUGAUGCCGAUCUGGAGGCGUUGAAUACCCGUGAUCUCCUAAAGCGAGUUCUAUUCGACAACAAGCUCAUCAUAAAGGCUCAUUCUGAGUUGAAUCUUCGCGUUUCCGACCUCUGAACAGAACGAACAGAACGCCGACCUCAUCGUCAAAUGCACCCUUCUGAAUGCUGAAAACCAAUCUCUUCUGGCAGAAAACGAAGCGUUGAAGAUUUCAAUGGCUAGUUUCACACCCACCUCACCAUCUGAUGUUCGCAGUUCUUCCUUGUCUUCUACUGCUCCUGACAUUUCCAGUCUGUCUUCCCGUGUCAAAUUGUCGGGGGAAGUAGCUGCAUUGAACCAGAAAAGCUACCAGGCUGUCGUUGAACGCCUAUACGACGCCAAAAACAAGAACCAAGACGAUCUCGAUAAGCAGUUCAUCGACGACAUCUGCAUCGAUGCUGAUCUUCGCUGUCCGAUUGAGGUCUUCAGGCAUGACUGCGAUUCCGAACGCCGUCCUCUGAAGGUCCGAUUCGAAUCUUAAUCAGUAAUAUGGCCUUCUCGCAGACUAUCCCUCCUCGCUGUCGUAGAGACAUGACGCUGACCGAGCUGUCCCUUCUACGCAGAUUGAGAAAAAAGGCCUACGAAGAUAACGUGAAGGUAAACGCCUUCAAAUACUACGUGCGAGACUUGGAAAUCGUCGAACUCGAUACUCCUCGCCCUUUUAAAGUGUGGUCCCGUAGAGAAGAAUUCUAA